AUGCUCUGGAAAAACUUUUUAACAUACAGUCUUACAGCUCUAUUCGUAUCGGCAAUUCCAAUUGAAAGCUCAAAUACAAGCUUGACUGCAAGUAGUUCCUACCUGGAAUAUAAUGACUUGGUUGAUUAUGCCAAUAUUGCUUCGAUUGCUUAUUGCUUGAAAAGAGGCCUUGGUCCAGGUGAGCUUGGAAACAGUGACACUAAUUGUCCCUUGAAAAAAUGUAAGCAGCCAAAGUAUAAAAACAUUCAAGUACUUGCAACUUUUGACUUUAAUGACUGGGGGGAAGUGGGUUCAGGGUAUUACGCAAUUGAUCAUCCUUCCAAAAGAAUCUUGCUAGUUUUCAGAGGUACUUCUUCCACCAGAGAUUGGAUUGGUGAUUUUGAUACUGUUCCGGUAAAAUAUGAACCAAUGGUGAACUCUGGUAAAUACUUCAAAGGCAGAUCAAAGAAAGUAAGUUGUGAAGGAUGUAUGGCUCACAGGGGUUUCUAUAACUUUGUCAGAAAUAACUGUGCCAAAGUUAUAAGUGAAGUUGCUGAUUUGAAAGAUGCAAAUCCUGAUUAUAAAUUGGUUAUUGUUGGUCAUUCUUUGGGGGCUGCUUUGGCGCUUUUAAGUGGAAUUGAGUUUCAAAUGAUGGGCUUGGACCCUUUGGUUGUUUCAUUUGGAGGUCCUAAAGUAGGUAAUGCUGAACUUAUGAAUUUUGCUGAUACUCAUUUUAAUACGCAUAAAACUAUUUCACAUAUCAAUGCUAAUGGUCGCUUCAAAUCUGGUUUUAUUAGAGUAACCCAUAAAAAUGAUAUGGUUCCAUACCUUCCUCCAACAAGUUAUCUUUUCGAACAUGGUGGUUUCGAAUACUUUAUCAAUAAGAAAAAUUUACCUCAUAACCCUGAAAAUGUUGAAAGAAGAGGUAAAAACUAUGUCGUUAAUGGUAUCAGCCAAGAAGCAUUUCCAAGUUUAGGCAAGAUGUGGCCCGAUUCAAUGGGGAAGAAUGAACAUACUCAUUACUUGAUGAAGAUAACUGGAUGUGAUGAUAAACUCAAAUAG